AGCUCUAUUCUGCAUUUGCUGAAAGGAAACUAUAACUUACAUCAAACAUUUCAACAUCAGUCUGUUUGCAGUCAUUUCCUGGGUUUUCUUCUGCUCUCAUUAUACUUCUGCACUCCUCCCCUGAAAUGAUUGAGGGACAGUAGAAGACUAAUACAGCUUUACCAUUGCUGCUAUGCUCAAGUCUUGUCAGGACCUGCAUUAUCGGAGAGGGGGGAAGGCAAGGUGUUGUGAAUGUAAUUGUGUACUUUCUCACUGGUACUAUGAAAGAGAUGGACAGUUCUUCUGUAAGAAAGAUUACUGGUCACGAUUUGGGGAACAGUGCCAUGGUUGUUCAGAGUCUAUCACUACUGGUCUCAUUAUGGUGGCUGGAAAGCAUAAAUAUCAUCCAGAGUGUUUCCUCUGUGAAAGCUGCAGCAUGUACAUUGGGGAUGGAGAUUCUUUCACUCUAGUGGAUUAUACCAAUUUAUACUGUGGUCAAUGUUAUUACCAGAAGGUUUCAACACAGCAUUUGGGAGCAAAAUGUUCAACACUGCCACAUACAGUGACGUCAAUGUCAUUUCCUCCCUCUGCAGAAAGCAGGCGAGGUUUAUCCUUCACUGUAGAGCAGAGUCCUGCAAAUAACACGGGCCCUGUGAUCAAAGUGGUUCAACUGGACUUGCAGAACCUGAGUCCUGAGGUCAAGCCUUUGAUCCAUGUUGGAGACAGGAUCGUUGAUAUCAAUGGAAUCUCUGCGAAGAAAAUUCCGCUCGAUGAGAUAGAUCUUGUGAUUCAUGAUACAGAGCACUGGCUACAAAUCACAAUUGAACAUGACCCAAAAGACUUCACAAGACAGGAGGACUUAUCUGGAGAAGAGUUGGACCAGCCUGGAAAAUUAGGUUUCUAUCCCCCCAGCAGUAAACGAGCAGGCCUUCGUUCCAAUAAUAUUCUGCGUAGCUGCAGUAUUGACAAAGCUCCAUGCUCACAACGCCAUGCAUCUCUGCUUUCACAUAGAAGAGACAUUAAUCGAUCGGAGUCUCUGCGUUUUGACUCUACUGACAAGAUGCAACGAAUCUUUCGUCCCUCUGACCUAAUAUAUGGGGAAGUCCUAGGGAAAGGCUGUUUUGGCCAAGCCAUCAAGGUGACACAUUUGGAAACAGGUGAGGUGAUGGUGAUUAAAGAACUUCUUCAAUUCGAUGAGGACACCCAGAAGACAUUUUUGAAAGAGGUCAAAGUUAUGAGAUGCCUGGAACAUCCUAAUGUCUUAAGGUUUAUCGGCAUUCUCUACAAAGACAAGCGUCUAAACUUGAUUUCUGAGUACGUACAAGGAGGGACAUUGACGGACACCAUACAGAAAAUGGAUAGGGAUCACCCGUGGAAUCGUCGAGUGAGCUAUGCCAAGGACAUUGCUGCUGGAAUGGCCUACCUGCAUUCAAUGAAUGUCAUCCAUCGGGAUCUAAACUCACAUAAUUGCUUUGUCAGAGAGAACCAAACAGUGGUAAUUGCAGACUUUGGUUUGGCCCAGCUUGUGAAGGAAGACAAGAGAGGACCCUCUUCUCCUGGGCAAAUGUCCAAACUGAACAAUCUUGGACGUAAGAAAAGGUAUGCUGUGGUGGGGAACCCCUACUGGAUGGCACCAGAAAUGAUCCACGGAAAGGUUUAUGAUGAACGUGUUGACGUUUUCUCAUUUGGGAUUGUGCUCUGUGAGAUUAUCGGCAGGGUGUAUGCUGAUCCAGAUUACCUCCCUCGAACUCAGGAGUUUGGAUUGAAUGUGAAUGAAUUUCUGGAGCGCUGCUGGUCCAAAGAAUGCCCUUCUGCUUUCUUUCCCAUCGCUGUUUUGUGUUGUGCCUUGGAGGCUGAGAAACGCCCUACUUUUGCAAAAUUGGAGGAGUGGCUUGAGAACCUGAUGAUGCACUUGGAUAUUGGACUUUCUUUUAUGUCAGAACUGGAAAAGAUCCGGCAAACAUUUUGGGAGAAUCACAGCCAGUCGAAAGAAGCUUAUGGGAUUCCUUCUAAACCAAUGGAGAAAUCGAUUCUAGGCAGAAGCUGAUACUUGAUAUGCUUGCAGUAUAGAGAAAAUACACACAGGGGAACACAACUGAGCUUAAAUUCUUAGACUGUUACUUAUAUUAUUGAUUCUUGACUGAUUUUGCUUCAGAACCUAGAUUUUACUUUGGAUAUCAAGUUGCGACCCAACACAAUGGCAAUCAUGUAAUCCGGAUUGAAUGUAGUCUGGGUCGUAUUUUCUUUUACAUGCAUAGUUUCGGUUCAUGGUUCACGCAACCUGGCCAUGUUGGCAUCUAUCUACUUUAGCUAAGUUCAACCAAGUGACAGAUUAAAUUGUGCAGAGAGUUUGGUUUGACAAACAACAAAAGUAUAUUCUCCUCCCUUUUAAAAGUUGAUAAUCCUAUUUAUUUUGCAAUCCGAAAUGUAUGAUUAUACGGUUAGUUGCUUUUAAUUAUUUGCUUUAAGCAUUGUUUUCACUCCUUUACGCAACCCUACGAGAACAAACCUGUGAGCCAUAUUUUGGUGCGAUCAACCAGUUGAGAGCAACUGACUUCUAUUUUUGAACCAUUAACUGCAAUGAUUUUGUACUGUUUGCACUGAACUCAGAGGCAAAGAUGCUAUUCAAAUAUUUAAGAGAAUUGUAUUAAAAAAAAAUUUAACUGUAAGAAUUAUAGUGUUCAUAUAUAACAAUACAUUUUUUUCAGUGUUCUAUUUUAUGUAUCAAAUUACGACUGUUCAUUUAGUUUUUCAUUUGUAGGGGCAAGAUAUUACAGGAAACUGUAAGGUUGUGAUUCAACUGUCCAAUAAAUAAUUGUUUGAUUUCU